AUGUUGCCACUAAUUACUAUUUUUCUUCUCUUGUAUUUUUCAUCUUCAUGCGCCAAAGUGACAUAUUUUAAUAUGGAAAAUACAUAUGGACCAUAUUGUAAUCCACUCAGUAAAUUUACACCUGAUGCAGGCAUAAUUCGUUAUGCUGGAACACCAUGGAUUGGUAAAUGUGUAUUAAAUAUUGAAAGUUGUUGUUUACCAACUGCUCAAAAUGGAUCAUUAAUACCUAAUUUGCCUAUAUCAACAAGAUUUUAUCUACAUCUACUUGCUCAACCGUUAUGUUUAACGGAAAAUAUAACGAUUAAAGCGGGAUCAGGUGAAAUGAUAAAUAUUGAUUGUAAUACACAAAAUGGUAGUGAAUAUUAUUUUGAUACAGAACAAUUAACAGUAACAUAUUAUCGAUCAGAAAAAUUACCAUUAUCAAAAUUUUCAAUGGUUGUUACACCAUUAAAAAUAAAAACACGAAUGUAUACACCAUGUAAUUUUGAUUGUUUUUCGGAUACCUAUUGUAUUGAACGAAGUCUUGUUUGUGAUCGUUAUAAAAAUUGUCCUAACGGUGUAGAUGAAGCAAAUUGUGAAUAUGGCCAUCAUCAUGAACCAUUAUCAUUUCGUGCCAAAGUUAUUCUAUUUUUUGUACUUGUAUCAGUCAUUUUAUUUGCUAUAUGUUCAAUAUUAUUUUGUUAUUUCUGUUGUGAAGUAACAAAUCAAAAUAAUCGUCUUAGUUUUAUUACUCGAGAUCGAAAAUCAGCUCAUGAAACAGGAAUAGAAGAAUAUAGUGGCGUUGUCUCUCCACUUUUGUCUUCGACACUUCAAGAAAAAGUUUAA